AUGGGUGGCUUGGUCGCAUAUGCCAGCAGUGACGAAGAAGACGAGGUUCAGGAGGCUGUCCUCCCACUGAAGGAACAACUCCCGCACAUCACCCAGAAACAAGUGAGACACCGCAGUCGCCUAGACCUACGCGCUUUACCGCAGCCGCUCGUACUGACGAGCUGCUUUGUAGAUGAUGUCAAGCCAGCACAACCACCACCAACAACGGCGGAUCCAGAAACACAAUCUUUGCCUGACAGUGUUACCAUCGGCCCAGUUCAACAACAUUCAGUUCCCUUAGGUCCCUCUCUCCCCCCAAUGGACCCUCAACCACUGCAAGGCAACUCUCAGGACGGCGACCUUUCUCAACCCCCAACCUCGCCAUACACAGCCUCCCGCGCUCUCCUCCGUGACCUUACUCUACCCCCAGUCCCGAACUUCGACAUUCCAGCCUCGCCCCCAGGCUCACCGCCCGCCGCCCUCGAGGCCAAGCUUUCCCAGUUCCUCGAUCUCAAGAAGAAGGGCGUCCACUUUAACGCCAAGCUGACCCAGUCCGCCGCUCUCCGCAACCCGAGCUUGACAGAUAAGCUCAUGGGCUUCGUCGAUCUCGACGGCCGCGCAGGGUACGUCACGACGUUGUCCCCGGAUCUGUGGAACCCGUUGUCCGAGGAAGUGCUACCGGAGUGGGCUACGAGGGCCGCGUUGAGGCAGAGCCAAGAGAGGGUGCGCGCCGAGCGGGCGGGGUUACGGAAGGGCGGAGGGCCCGUGGAGUUUGUACCGGCGGCAAUUGCCGGAGGUGGUGACGUUGGUUCCCCUGCUACGACUGAGCAGAGUGAACUAUUGCGUGCUGGGAAACGGAAGACGGGCGCGUUUUGA